GUCUACAAGAGGGACUUGGCUGCCCUCCCACUAAAAGUGUGAGUCAGGCAUCUGACCUUUCCACUCAGAAGCUGAUGCUGGCACCAACUCCCCGCAGAAUGGCCUUGCCUAUUGCCUCUCAGGAACCUCAUCUUUUGGAGGGUGCAGGGGAGAUGGUUCAGUAGAUCCACACUUGGCAUCCAAGCGUGAGGACCAGAGUUCCGGCCCCAGAACCCAUGUCAGUGCUAGGUGGAUGUGGUAGCCUGCCCGUGAUCACAAAGCUCAGAGGGCAGUAAGGUGGCUACCCAGCUACACUCAGUGUUGGUCAGCUCGGGGUUCAGGAGUGAGUUCUGGGAGGAUCCUGGUCCUCCCCACCCACAAAUACACAUGAGACCACAUGCAAACAUUCCAUUCCAGAUUGUCCAAAAGCUAGUAUUUGUCUCCGCUUUGUUAGGUGUGUGCUUUCUAAGCGAGCAGGGAAGGAUGCUCCACGCUGAGUUUUGAAAGAGAGAGGACCAAAGUUCUAAUACCAGGGAUAGGAGACGCUCCUCCUGGUCUGACCACUGAUGUCACCAUGUAGCAGCAGAGAAUCCCAGGCAGACCGUGCUUCCGGUGGAGGGGUAUGCAGACAGUUCAGUGCACAUGCUUCCUUGAUUCAGCCUAGACUCCAGAGCGUCCUUGCUCCUUUAAAGCCACUACUCCUUUUUAGACUCUUAACCACCAGAGGCCUCUUUCUUCCUCCUCCCAUCCCCAGUUUCCACUGCACCCAUUAAAACCAGGAUGGGAAGCGUUUGCUGGCUGGUCCCAAUUAUUGUAUCCUUGCCUAAAAUGGAGGGCCUCCUUCCAAAACUCUGGCAGUCUGGCCUCCACCUUUCCCCUACUUAACUCUCAGGCCCCCACCCAUUCCUUGGGGUUGCUACUGCUGCUGGUAGCUGAACGUCCUGCCUGGGCUUGCAGAACUGAACGGGCCAGGGUCCAAAUUAUUUAGUCUCCUUGGAAAGAGAGCAAUGGUACCAUCCCAUCACGGGUGAUAAAGAACCACCAAGGGAAAGAAUGACAGACGCGCCUUGGCUCCUGAACCAGGACUCCCUCAGCCAGCCGGUAGCUUAGAUGGCCCUAAAAAUCCCUGCUCUGGGGUUGAGAGUAGGUAGCACUUUAGCCCCAACAGGCUGCUGGCCACCGGCAGUCAAAUUCCACAGCGAGUGCGCCUAGGGCGGGGCCUGGGCUGUGGGGAGGGCCGAGCCGCCCCCCACUCCUGGCUCCCGCGCCACACCGCAGAAGCUGGGUUGGAAGGGCGGGUGCCAGCGCACGUGCGCCACGUUCCCGGAGACAGCGUUCUCGGGAGCCCGACCGAGAUCAGUGUUUCAGGAGAGACCACCCGGAGUGUAUGCGAGCCGCAGGGGCAGACCAGAGGAAGAGGGCACCAUGGCGGCUCUCCUCUUGCUGCUGCCCCUACUCUUGCUGCUGCCUCUGCUGCUGAAGUUGGACCUCUGGCCUCAGCUGCGCUGGCUGCCGGCAGACCUGGCCUUCACAGUGCGCGCCCUCCGCUGCAAAAGGGCCCUUCGAGAUAGCGCGCUGGCCGCGGCGGCUGCAGACCCGGAGAGCCCCGAGGGCGGCUGCAGCCUGGCGUGGCGCCUCGCGCACCUGGCCCGGGAGCGCCCGGCGCACACUUUCCUCAUUCACGGAGCUCGGCGCUUCAGCUACGCAGACGCCGAGAGCGAGAGCAACAGGGCUGCUCGCGCUUUCCUGCGCGCACGCGGCUGGGCCGGGGGCCGAGGCCACUCGGGCACCCGCAGCACCAAGGAAGGUGCAGGCGCGGCGCCUGUGGCCGGAGACCCGGAGACUGGAGGAGAGACGACCGCACCCUCUCUGGCACCCGGGGCGACUGUGGCGCUGCUCCUCCCCGCAGGCCCGGAAUUCGUAUGGCUUUGGUUCGGACUGGCCAAAGCCGGCCUGCGCACGGCCUUCGUGCCCACCGCUCUCCGCCGAGGGCCCUUGCUGCAUUGCCUCCGCAGCUGCCGUGCAAGCGCGCUCGUGCUGGCGUCAGAGUUCCUGGAGUCCCUGGAGCCGGAUCUGCCUGCCCUGAGAGCCAUGGGGCUCCACCUGUGGGCGACAGGCCCCGAAGCUCAUCUUGCUGGAAUCAGCAAUUUGCUGUCCGAGGCUGCAGCCCAAGUGGAUGAGCCAGUGCCUGGGUACCUCUCUGCCCCCCAGAGCAUGAUGGACACCUGCCUGUACAUCUUCACCUCUGGGACGACUGGCCUGCCCAAGGCUGCUCGCAUCAGUCACCUGAAGGUCCUGCAAUGCCAGGGGUUCUACCAGCUGUGUGGUGUUCACCAGAAGGAUGUGAUCUACCUCGCGCUCCCACUGUACCACAUGUCUGGCUCCCUGCUGGGCAUCGUGGGCUGCUUGGGCAUUGGUGCCACGGUGGUACUCAAGCCCAGGUUCUCAGCUAGCCAGUUCUGGGAAGAUUGCCAGAAGCACGGUGUGACAGUAUUCCAGUACAUUGGGGAGUUGUGCCGAUACCUCGUCAACCAGCCCCCGAGCCAGGCAGAACGUGGCCACAAGGUCCGGCUGGCAGUGGGCAGUGGGCUGCGCCCGGAUACCUGGGAGCGUUUCGUGCGGCGCUUUGGGCCUCUGCAGAUCCUGGAGACCUAUGGAAUGACAGAGGGCAACGUGGCUACUUUCAACUACACGGGACAACAGGGUGCCGUGGGGCGCGCAUCCUGGCUGUACAAGCACCUCUUCCCCUUCUCCUUGAUUCGAUACGAUGUCCUGACAGGGGAGCCUGUUCGGAAUGCCCAGGGGCGUUGUGUGGCCACAGCUCCAGGUGAGCCAGGGCUAUUGGUGGCCCCGGUGAGCCAGCAGUCCCCUUUUCUGGGCUACGCUGGGGCUCCAGAACUGGCCCAGGGGAAGCUGCUGAAGGAUGUCUUCUGGCCUGGGGACGUUUUCUUUAAUACUGGGGACCUCUUGGUCUGUGAUAAGCAAGGCUUUCUUCAUUUCCAUGAUCGUACGGGAGACACCUUCAGGUGGAAGGGGGAGAAUGUGGCCACUACGGAAGUGGCGGAAGUCUUGGAGGCCUUGAACUUCCUGCAGGAGGUGAACGUUUAUGGAGUCAGUGUGCCAGGGCACGAAGGCAGGGCUGGCAUGGCAGCCUUGGCCCUGCGACCCCCACAGGCUUUGGACCUUGUUCAGCUGUACGCCCACGUUUCUGAGAACUUACCACCGUAUGCGAGACCCCGAUUCCUCAGGCUCCAGGAGUCUCUGGCCACUACCGAGACCUUCAAACAGCAGAAGGUUCGGAUGGCGAAUGAGGGCUUUGACCCCAGCGCGCUGCCAGACCCUCUUUAUGUCCUAGACCAGGAAGUGGGUGCCUACCUGCCCCUCACACCUGCCCGCUACAAUGCCCUCCUCUCUGGAGACCUUAGAAUCUGAGAUCUUCCACUUAAGGGAGGGCUCUGGGGGUAAGGCCACCAUGACUGUACCAGGGGUUUGGGAUCUUUUGUAUAUGGAGUGAUUAUCAUUUUGUAAUAAACAGCUGGAGCUUAUCUGGUU